AUGGAAACUUCUCAGCCAAAGACGCAGCACAUUUGUGAAGUCGGUACCCUUUUUUUUUACAGUGAGACACACUUUGAACUGUAUGAAACUUCAGGUUUGCGGAAAAACGUUAUCGUCGAAAAAUCGCUUGCAAAAUCACAAAAAGAUCCAUGAGAAGCGGCCGAGACCAUUCCUCUGUGAACUCUGUCAAAACUCAUUCCUGACCGAGUCCAGCUUCAACAGUCACAAACUCGUGCAUUUGAAGAAAAGUAACGUCCAUUGCAAGGUGAACGUUAUGAAAUUUUGACAAAUGAACUAUUUUUUCAUUUCAGAUAUGCAAAGACAGUUUCAGAACUGAGCAGUGUUUGAGAAAACACUUAGAUCCGAUAAACAGAGAACGAAAAUUUGAGUGCUUCCUAUGUGAAUUCGUAACAAACACAGCAAAGUGCAUUAGGGUAAGAACCACUUCUAAUCGAACUAAAUUAGGCUGUUCCAGAUUCACCAGGAGACAAAUCAUCCAUACACCGUUCCCGAGAAUACGGUACUCCUGUUUUCAGAUUGUUUUCUCUGGGAAGUAUAAUAACUCUUCAGACACUGCAUCAAGUGAAUUCUAACGAUCCUCCAUCGAGACACGAAGAGAUGAACAUGGACUCCAGUGGAAAUGAUCUCAAUCUUUACGUCUCCGCAACAACUUCCAGUCAAUUCUAA